GCGUCCGGCUUCGACCGCAUCCCCUCCGCCGCCGCCGGUCUGAGAACCGAAAACACCCACGGUUACCGAGCGCAAACUAGAGACUGCGACAAGGAGCGUCGAUAAGGAACUACGGAUUUCUCCAGACACUGAGCGAUCCAUUAAAGACUUUCCUGCAGCUGCAUCCGUCCUUGUGUCAAAUUUGGGAUAUAAUCCUCCCUGCAUCCAGGAUGACGGAAGCAUGGCAGCAGCAGCAGCAGCAGCAUGCAGUGGCUCCACCCUCUGUUGUGCACACUCUCCCUCAGGCAGGCGACAACUCUCUGAGCUGCACCGUGUACGGUGUCGUCCUGCAGCCAGACGCCUCCCUGCAGCAGCCUCAGCAUCAGCAGCAGCACGUUGUCCAAGCGCAGCAGGCCUCCUUGCAGGUAGGGGCCGACAGAGGGCAUAAAUGCGGCGCCUGCGGCCACGACAUUUCCCACCUGGCCAACCCACACGAGCACCAGUGCAUGGUGACGCAGGACCGCUCCUUCCAGUGCACGCAGUGCAUGAAGAUCUUCAGUCAGGCGACCGACUUGUUGGAGCACCAGUGCGUUCAGGUGGAGCAGAAGCCGUUCGUGUGCGGUGUCUGCAAAAUGGGCUUCUCGUUGCUUACCUCGCUGGCACAGCAUCAUAACUCGCACGGUAACAACCCGAUGAAGUGCUCCAUAUGCGAGAAGACGUACCGGCCUGGAUCUGGGAACGUCACGCCCACCUCGUCUGCUGCCAAUCCGCAGCAGCCCUCCAGCGGCGAGAGUUCCGGCGGCGGUGCGGUCAUCAGUGCCGCCUCACCGCCAACGUUUGAGGCAUCUGCACCCGACCGGCCGUACAAGUGCUCCGUGUGCCACAAGUCCUUCCGCCCGUCGGAGCUGACGCGCCACGAGCGGAUCCACACGGGGGAGAAGCCAUACAAAUGCGACACGUGCGACAAAAGCUUCAGCCAGUCAUCGCAUCUGGCGCACCACCAGCGCACGCACAGCUCCGAGCGGCCGUACAAGUGCGCUGUAUGCGAGAAGAGCUUCAAACACCGCUCCCACCUGGUGCGGCACAUGUACGCGCAUUCGGGCGAACACCUGUUCAAGUGCAAUUUAUGCGAGAUGCACUUCAAAGAGUCGUCGGAGCUCCUGCACCACCAGUGCCAGCCGGAGAGCGAGAGGCCGUUCCGCUGUGGCUCGUGCGGGAAGAGCUUCAAGCGGCCGUCCGACCUGCGGCAGCAUGAGCGCACGCACUCCGAGGAGCGCCCUUUCCAAUGCGACGAGUGCCAGAUGAGCUUCAAGCAGCAGUACGCUCUGGUGCGCCACCGCCGCACGCACAAGAACCCCGCCGACCGGCCGUUCAAGUGCAACCUCUGCGACAAGGGCUUCCUGCAGCCGUCGCAUCUGCUCUACCACCAGCAGGUCCAUGGCAUGGAGUCGCUCUUCAAAUGCGCAUCCUGCCAGAAGUCCUUCAGCCAGUCGGGGGAGCUGCUGCGGCACAAAUGUGGUGGUGAGGUGGAAAAGCCGUACAAAUGCGACGUGUGCGGCAAAGGUUACAAAAAGAAUUCCACGCUGCAGCGGCACCAAAGCACUCACUGCACGGAGAAGCCGCUCAAGUGCUCUCUGUGCGACAAGCGCUUCGUGUCGUCAUCCGAGUUUGUCCAGCACCGCUGCGACCCGACGCGGGAGAAGCCGCUGAAGUGUCCCGACUGCGAGAAGCGCUUCAGGUACUCCUCAGAGCUGCAGCGGCACCGCCGGGUCCACACGGGCGAGAAGCCCUUCAAAUGCGCCAACUGUGACAAGAGCUUCAAGCAGCGGGAGCACCUGGCCAAGCACCAGAGCGUGCAUUCACGGGAGACGCAGUUUAAAUGCGUGUGGUGUGGGGAGCGCUUCGUCGACCUCACAGCGCUGCAGGAGCACACGGUGCAGCACACAGCGGAGAACGAGAACUUCCCCGAAGCGCCGUGCAUCCAAUGAACCCCGAAAACACUCCCAGUUAAUCCAAGACACAGAGGGGGGAAUCGUACGGCGGCGCAUUACGAGCAUCGUAGAUAGGGGGAGAGUAGAUUUCUGCCCAGAAAAUUUUUAAAUUAAUAUCAGAAAUGUUACAAAAAAAUUUGAACAUUUCUGAGCUCCAAAACUUAAAAGUUUGAGAGAAAAAAAAAUUAUAAAUUUGAGAAACGCACUGAAAUGUCGAAGCUCAAAAUUGAAAAUUUGCAAAGAGAAACUCAAAAAUGUUGAAUUUCACAUGUAGAUUUCCAAGCUCAAAGACAAAAGUUUGCAAAAAAACAAAAACACAACAAAACAGCUCAACUUUUGACUUUCAAAGCUCUGAAAUUAAAUACUUUUUUUGUUUUUUUUUAAUUACAAAGUUCCUUAGUUUGUUUUUUGCAAAUAAAUUUUGGACCUCAGUGAAUUCCAUUAAUUUUUCAGAAAAAUUCCAGUUUUUACUCAAAAUUUCUUAAGUUUUGUGGCGUAAAUUUACUCCUCCUCUUGCGCUUUCCAUCUCCAUCGUCCCUCAGUCGCCGCCGUAAGGAGCCGGGAUCCCUCUUCUUUUUGAAGAACAAAAACUAGAGCAGAAAGAAAUUGAUGUGAAAGUUGGACGGUUUUCUCUGUAAAGUCUGGGACCGUAGUCUGUGGUUGCAUGUGGUUGUUUGUUCCGUAACCGUUGUUGAGAACGAUGGCUCUCGUUUCCAGACAGUCAUCCCAUUUGUGUCGACUCCUCUUCAAUCCAUGUGCCUUUUAUUAUUCUUAUUAUUGUUGUUAUUAUUAUUA